AUGGAAUACCCCCUGAAGCACUGAAAGCGGACCCAGAGACGACAGCAGAUAUGCUGACUCCAUUAUUGCAAAAGAUCUGGAAAGAGGGAAAGGUGCCUACUGACUGGAAGAAAGGUUACCUGGUGAAACUACCAAAGAAGGGCGACCUAGGACUCUGCAAGAACUGGCGAGGAAUCAUGCUCCUGUCGACGCCAAGUAAAAUCCUGAGUCGCAUCAUCCUGGAGAGAAUAAAGGACGCACUGGAUACAGAACUCCGACCAGAACAAGCUGGAUUCAGGAAAGGCAAAUCAUGUUCUGACCAAAUUGCAACUCUACGCAUUAUCAUCGAACAAAGCAUGGAAUGGCAAUCAAAUCUCUACCUCAACUUUAUAGACUUUGAGAAGGCCUUCGACAGCGUUGACCGCGAAGUAAUUUGGAAACUACUCGAGUACUACGGCGUACCCCAAAUAUUCAUCAACCUUAUUCAACAGCUGUACGACAACGGCACAUGUCAAGUGAUCCACAACGGAAAACUCAGCGAGGCGUUUGGAGUAAACACAGGAGUCAGACAAGGGUGCUUAUUAUCACCAAUGAUAUUCCUAAUUGUGGUGGACUGGAUUAUGCGUCAGACAGUGGGAAACGAGAAGACAGGGAUAUCCUGGACCGACGUGAAGAACCUAGAAGACCUGUAUUUCGCGCGUGGAUGAUUUAUGUUUGAUGUCACACAAAAUCGAAGACUUACAAGCAAAAACCGACAAACUGGUCGAAGAAGCAGCAAAGACAGGACUCCAGGUGAACAUAGACAAGACGGAGGUUAUGAAAAUAACCAACCAACAACAACAGCAACAUCCAGCGCCAAUCACCAUCAACGGGAAGGAUUUGAAAGAGGUUACUUCUUUCACUUAUCUUGGGAGCAUUGUCUCAACCACAGGAGGAACGGACGAGGAUGUCAAAUCGAGAAUCGGGAAGGCGAGAAACACAUUCAUCAACCUGAAACCAAUCUGGAAAUCUUCGUCACUCAGCAUCAACAACAAAAUACGGAUUUUCAAUACAAACGUCAAGUCAGUUUUGCUAUACGGAUCAGAAACUUGGCGGGUCACCAAGAAUAUUUUCAACAGGCUGCAGACCUUUAUCAACAACUGUCUUCGUUCCAUACUGAAGAUUAGAUGGC